ACCUAGGACAUGACGUCAACCCAUUACUUUUGAGAUUUUUGAACCAUGAAGUUAAUUCAGAAAAAGUGGAAAACUCGAUGUGUACUACACAUGUCUACAUGUUGUUUUCUUCCAUGUUUGAUGGGACGAUAAGAUGCUGGUCUGCUUAUAGACGUACCCACGUUUGAUCUUUCAAUUCUUGUUAGUAAAAGUACUUGGUGAUUUUCUUUUUUAGAUAUACAUUUUCGUCAAAUUGUGAAAAGCCAUUUCAACUAGUUUUAAGAUAAAUUCCGUGAAAUGUAUUCAGAGGUACAUCGAGCGAAUGAAAAUAUUACCAGCCUUUUUUGAUCCCAUCUGUCAUUUACAAUAUUUGUUCCCUGCGAUGUCAGUCUAAUUUGCGCGCCAUGACUUUUUUCAGGACAUUUUGCAAAUACCACAACUUCUUGAGUUUUGCAUGCAGAUCUGCAAAGGAAUGCGAUACCUGGAACAACAAUCAUUACUGCAUAAAGACCUCGCUGCAAGGAACAUCCUCGUAAUGAGGGAGGACCUUGUAAAGAUUAGCGACUUUGGCUUGUCAAGGUUACAGGAUUACUACAAACUUCAGGAGUCCAGUAAAAUACCUGUGAAGUGGUACGCCUUGGAGAGCUUGCUUAAGCAACGCUUCACCCCCAAAAGUGACGUGUGGAGCUUUGGGGUAACUAUGUGGGAGAUUUUUACCUUCGGAGACAAGCCAUAUGGUGACAUGCAAAAUAUUGAGCUUCCUGGAUUUCUUGAGGCGGGACAGCGACUCGCCUGCCCAGUAGGGUGCCCACAGAAGGUGUAUGACGUCAUGUACAAUUGUUGGCUUAAAGAGGCCUUAAAACGGCCAACAUUUUACUUGAUCGAAACCGACUAUUUGACAGCGUUGCUGAAAGAAUAUCCUGUUUCUGGCUAAUGAAAGAAAAUCUUAAUCUUAACGCAGGAGUUGUUUAUGCAUGGGAAAUCCGUUACUCUUUAAGUAACAAGUGUGAUAUUGUUAUUUCUUUAACAAGUUAUUACCAUCAAAGUAUAGUUUGCAGAUCAAGAGCACUGGAUUAAAAUCCUGGUGGAAGUUAUUGUACUCUACUUGCUGGCAUUCCCCAUCUACGUAUAUAAACGGGUACUAAAACAAACUUCCUCUCAGGGCAACCUUAAUAAAAUGCUGAGAGGUAAGCCUUGGGUGGACUAGCUUCCCUGCUAGGGGAGGGGGAGUAGCAUCCCAUCCAGGUGGGAGUAGCAUCUCAGCUGGGGGAGUAGCAAUACUCUUAGUCGACUCACGCGCAAAUUGGGUGACACAGACCACUGUUCGCAUGGGUAGACUCGCGUUAAUCUGCUAUAGAUGAAGAUUCUGGCUAUUUCAGCCCCCUCCCACUAACUCCUACUCUUAAACUGCUUCUCCCUCGCUGUGUUACCUUCACAGGACCGUCUAGACCGAACACUUCUAAAGCUCCUCCACCUUCCCUGUUAGCAUUAAAUUGUCACGAAUAAGACCAGCAUUAGGGUGCUUAAAGGUUGGCCUGCUAUACACCCACUGAUAGUUCCGUAUGUCGCAAAGUUUACCGGUCUAUUUCUCAACUAGUGAAAUAACUAGUUCAACAGGGUUUGUGUAUAAAUUGUAUCCAGCGGUUAAUUUUAUCCCAGACUGUUACGCCAUUCAGAAAUAGCAAGGCUAUUGCUCUUAGUCUGUAGUUUACUUAGGGUAAAUUUUCGUCUUGAAGGCGUUUCGAAUACUUGUUGUUAGUUCGUAAGGUCUGUCGUGUCUGUAGCUUUUCUGUAGGUACUUUAAGAAUGUUCAUUAGGUUAGGAAUGUAACAUAAUGUAGAAAAGAAACUGAACAGUCAAUGCAGUUGAAUGUGACAAUGCAAGUAUUAAAUGUGUGAAGCCGGAAUCCAACUAGAACGACAGUCGGCGAGAGUUGAAGAAAGUUCAAAAACGUAUCUCUCAUUUUACGGCUAACUCAUGUCCAUUUAUCGAAUUGGAAGCCGCUGAAAUUUGCUGGAGAUUUGACGCAAGAUUUCUCUCGUUUGACAUGAAGGUAAUGUUAAGUCUCGUAUGCUGUUAGCUCAAUUGACUGCAAACUGAUGAUAGUCGAUAACUGUUGAAGAAAUUAAAACUCUCGUCCAACACUCGUUAGCUGUCGUUUUUGUUGUUCAUACAAAGAGUUCAAGAUUAAGAUUAUGUAACUAUAGGAGUCGUAGUUUUUAGUCAAGUACAAGACUGAGUGUCUUCAAAGUGUGUUGUUUGGUAGAAAUGACCCUAAUAUGGACGGUCAAAGUAGCCACUGAAAAUAUUAAACGGUCAUUAAUAGCCCGAAAAAAUUCUAUCUUUUUGCGGUAAGCUGCUUGUACUAAGUACCAAGCUUUGUCAUUAGUUGUUUAUCGUCGUGAAAAGUUUACAUUUUUUUUAUUCCAGAGUAUAUCUGAAACAAAGUGAGAAAGCACGGCAAGAAAAUAGAGAACGAUUGCCGUGCUGUAAGUUAUUAAAGAAGGUUAUUAAAGAAGGUUAUUAAGAGCGGUUUUCAUUUGAUUGUGGAAAAAUAAUUAGUUUUGCGUAACUACGCUACGCGAUUGGCUUAACAAGCUGGCGCCACUUUUUCAUCCAAUUAGAAGUGACGAAAACCAAUCGUGACUCGCUCGCUCACGUUUUCCCGCUCUUCGCGUCAGCUACAUGUAAUUACUUCGAGUUUUGAUUGGUUCAUUGGAAUGUCUGUCUCCUUUGUGAUUGGCUAGAGUGAUUACUUUGGUUUUUGUUUCACGACACUCAAUUGAAAGCCGCUCUUUUCGAGUUGUUCUUCACACUCGUAGGAAGCUAACGCUCCAUGAAAUUAAAAUUUAAAAAGAAGUCGUAUUGAAAUUAAUAUUUGCCUUUUGAUUUGGGUGAUGCAUCAAUUUUCAGGUUCUUCCUUAUCGCACAUGUCGUCGUUAUCUUGCUCUGCUUAGCAGAAAGAUCCACAAAUGGUGUUUUCUUUAGUUAUGGUAAGCGUUAACUUCCUUUACCAAAAAAUAUCAGUUUCGUGGGACAUGUUUGUAUAAAUGACAACCGUUAAUUUACUGUCAUUAUGCAUUCUAAUUUAGUAAGGGCUAUGUAAAGCCCCUAAACAACCCGGCCUUGUAGUCUAGAACAGGUGCACCAAUGUCAUCUCAAAGAUGUCUGUUGUGUUACUUAGUGUUAGUCUACUCAGGUCUCACUCUGGUUGACGCUUGUCUGAGGGAGAUCUGGGUUGGAGACUAACUUAGUGUAAAUGUUAGUCUUUGUGCUGCUAUGACAAUAAAACAUCAAACUCGCAUCAAA